AUGGAGUUAGUAGCUCGGUGCGGUGCAGUGGUGCAGUGGGCGAAGUUGUAUUGCAUCGCGCGCUGCGUGGCGGAGGACGCGUGGGAACAGAGAAUUGCUGCGGCGGCGCGGUCGCGUGAGCGGCUCACAAUGCUGUGGCGGUGGCGGCUCGCGGCCCCUGUAAGUGACGACCCCAUCUGUGUUACUGCACGUGAAGUAAACAAAAUUCUACGGGAUUCGCGGACGUACGUCACUACUGAUGGUAUUAGUACCAGGCAUGGGAGUCAAAGGGCGCACAGUUACCCGAAAUCGAAAAGAAGACAGGAGUAUGAAUUGCUGGCCCUGCAGUUCUUCCAAAAUGCAGAGGGAGCUUCGUGGGGGCAGCGCUGGGGCGGCGUUCACCUCACGGCCGCCCACCUGGUGUUUGUCGUGAACGGCGGGGCCUCCCCCGCCCCCGUCGCCUCCUCCUCCUCCAAGGGCCGCAGGCGCUGA